UUUUCCGUCACAUCAGAGGGAUUAGGUGAAGAGACAUUCCUUUUUUUCUUCUCCUUUGCGACCAUCUCCGAACAAGGGAAUGCGGAAUGGGCAGGAGAUGCAAGUUAGGAUGACAAAACUGAUCACUUGUGAGGAACACUCCAGGAAAACACCAAUUAUUCAAAGCUGAAAGCUCAGAGACAGAAUUUGUGACUAUUCCGGCCACUUUCUAAACAAUGACAGAACCCACUGCUCAGAUGGUGCGUUCAAAUACUUCACCCAACCCAGCCAUUCAAUCUUUAGCGCCUACACUUGAUCAGAACAACUUCAGAAGAGUUAGGCGCACGGAAGACAGCGCUCCCUAUCCUAUUCCUGGACUCGCCACAACAUUUCUCCACAUGCGAGUGAGAGAAGGAAGCAAGAUUCGCAAUUUGCUGCGGUUCGCAACAGCUCGGAUGCAAGGCGAGGGCCAAGACAGCUACGAAGGGUCUCCGAGACAGGUGGUCUUCACUGGCUCGGCCAGAGGGGUCACCAAGACGAUCACCUGUGUGGAGAUCCUCAAACGGAAAGUGGAAGGGCUCCACCAGGUGUCCAAGCUCUACUACACGACCGCGGAUGAGGUGUGGGAAGGAUCACAACACGGAGGGCCAGGUAUAACCAUGCAGAGGACAGUCCCUGCCAUCUGUAUCCUGCUCUCCAAAGACCCUCUCAAUCCCCAGGAGCCCGGAUACCAGCCUCCCCAAUCAGCCGGCGCUCCCACAGAGGGUACGGGGAUCUGCAACGGCACGCUCAGAUCUCCUCAUUGCCCCACGUCAGCCAAGAGACUCUGCCUGGAAGACCUGAGCAAAUAUGCUCCAUGA